CCGUCUUCCGUGUGAUGAAAUAGAUCAGAUAGUGGAGCAAAGCCUAACCCUGCUAGCUGGUGAGAUGGAGUCAGGUGAGGCCAGGUUCGGGGGACAGAGUGUAGGAGCAGGCUCAUUGGUGGCAGAGGAGAACUACUUCCUAGGUUACACCUUUACAGACCGCUCCCACUCCAGCCGCGUGGUGCAAAGCAUCAUGGACCUAUGUCUGCAGGACGGCCUGUUUGCUGACGUGACGGUGAAGGUGGAGGGGAGGGAUUUUAACCUGCACCGCCUGGUACUGUCAGCCCAGAGCAGCUUCUUUAGAUCCAUGUUCACAUCCAACCUGAGAGAGGCUCACACACGUAGCAUCCAACUGAAGGACGUCAGCGCAUCAGUGUUCCAGCUGCUGGUAGACUACAUCUACCACGGGACAGUGAAGCUGACAGUGGAGGAGCUGCAGGACACCUAUGAGAUGGCUGACAUGUACCAGCUGACUGCUCUGUUUGAAGAAUGCUCCCGCUUCCUGUCACGCACCGUAGAUGUCAAGAAUUGCCUACAGGUGAUGUGGCUAGCAGACAGGCACAGUGACCAGGAGUUGUAUACUGCAGCCAAACAUUGUGCUAAGAUCCACCUGGUCCAACUUCACCAGACUGAUGAGUUCCUCAACCUGCCACUCUGUCUCCUCAUGGACAUUAUCAAAGAUGAUGUUCCAACCUCUCAGAACGCCACGGCAGCCAUCCAAACCUGGAUCAACCACAACAAGGUGGAGAGAGAAGAGUUCUCCACUGUUCUCCAGGAGAACCUCAAGGAGAUCGGUGAGAAGGUGCACAUCUACCUGAUAGGUAAAGAGGAGACGAGGACCCACUCCCUGGCCGUUUCCCUGCACCGUGACGAGGACGAUGCCAUCAGCGUCAGCGGCCAGAACAGCCUGUGUCACCAGAUCACAGCAGCCUGUAAACACGGGCCUGACCUCUACGUGGUAGGGGGGUCCAUCCCUCGCCGCAUGUGGAAGUGUAACAUGCAGACCAUGGACUGGGAGCGCUGUGCCCCGCUGCCCCGAGAUCGUCUCAGCCACACCAUGGUCUCAGUCUCUCUUCAGGAUGCCGUCUAUAGUCUGGGAGGUAAGACGCUCCAGGACACACUGUCCAACGCCGUCAUUUACUACACGGUGAAGGACAACGUGUGGACGGAGACUAGCCAGCUGGAUACGGCGGUGUCCGGGGCGGCGGGGGUUAACCUGGGAGGAACCAUCUACAUACUGGGGGGGGAAGAGAACGACAUGGACUUCUUCACCAAGCCGUCACGACUCAUCCAGUGCUUCGACACACAGACUCAGAAGUGCCAAUUGAAGCCUUACGUUCUGCCGUUGGCGGGAGUGAUGCACGCCGCCGCCCACAUGGACCUGCUGUUCAUCGUAGCGGAGGGGGACUCCCUGGUGUGUUACAACCCGCUGUUGGAGAGCUUCACCAGGCUCCGCUUCCCCGAGGUCUGGAGCUGUGUGCCGUCCCUCUGGAAGGUGGCCAGCUGUAACGGCUCCGUCUACGUGUUCAGAGAGAGGUGUACGAAAGGAGACGCGCACACGUUGAAGUUUAACCCCGCUACGUCAGCCGUGACUGUUAUCAAGGGGAUUAAGAUCCUACUGACCAACUGGCAGUUUGUUCUGGCCUAAAGUUUAAACUCACUAAGGUGACCAACUGGCAGUUUGUUCUGGCUUAAAGUUUAAACUCACUAAGGUGAGGGCAUGAGGGAUUUGAGAAUAUACACUGGAAAAUAUUCAGACCCCUUUACUUUGACCACAUGUUGUUACGUUACAGCCUUAUUCUGUCAAUCUACACACUACACCCCAUAAUGACAAAGCAAAGCAGGUUUUUGGAUAUUUUUGCUAAGUUAUAAACCCCCCCCCCCCAGAAAUAUCUUAUUUAUAAAGACUCCUAAUGUUUAGGGCCUGUGCCACUCCUAAUGUUUUGGGCCUGUGCCACUCCUAAUGUUUAGGGCCUGUGCCACUCCUAAUGUUUAGGGCCUGUGCCACUCCUAAUGUUUAGGGCCUGUGCCACUCCUAAUGUUUUGGGCCUGUGCCACUCCUAAUGUUUUGGGCCUGUGCCACUCCUAAUGUUUUGGGCCUGUGCCACUCCUAAUGUUUUGGGCCUGUGCCACUCCUAAUGUUUAGGGCCUGUGCCACUCCUAAUGUUUAGGGCCUGUGCCACUCCUAAUGUUUUGGGCCUGUGCCACUCCUAAUGUUUAGGGCCUGUGCCACUCCUAAUGUUUUGGGCCUGUGCCACUCCUAAUGUUUAGGGCCUGUGCCACUCCUAAUGUUUAGGGCCUGUGCCACUCCUAAUGUUUUGGGCCUGUGCCACUCCUAAUGUUUUGGGCCUGUGCCACUCCUAAUGUUUUGGGCCUGUGCCACUCCUAAUGUUUAGGGCCUGUGCCACUCCUAAUGUUUUGGGCCUGUGCCACUCCUAAUGUUUUGGGCCUGUGCCACUCCUAAUGUUUAGGGCCUGUGCCACUCCUAAUGUUUUGGGCCUGUGCCACUCCUAAUGUUUUGGGCCUGUGCCACUUCCAUUGUUUUGGGCCUGUGCCACUUCCAUUGUUUUGGGCCUGUGCCACUCCUAAUGUUAUGGGCCUGUGCCACUCCUAAUGUUUUGGGCCUGUGCCACUCCCAAUGUUUUGGGCCUGUGCCACUCCCAAUGUUUUGGGCCUGUGCCACUCCUAAUGUUUUGGGCCUGUGCCACUCCUAAUGUUAUGGGCCUGUGCCACUCCUAAUGUUUUGGGCCUGUGCCACUUCCAUUGUUUUGGGCCUGUGCCACUCCUAAUGUUUUGGGCCUGUGCCACUCCCAAUGUUUUGGGCCUGUGCCACUCCCAAUGUUUUGGGCCUGUGCCACUCCCAAUGUUUUGGGCCUGUGCCACUCCCGAUGUUAUGGGCCUGUGCCACUCCUAAUGUUUUGGGCCUGUGCCACUCCCAAUGUUUUGGGCCUGUGCCACUCCUAAUGUUUUGGGCCUGUGCCACUCCUAAUGUUUUGGGCCUGUGCCACUCCUAAUGUUUUGGGCCUGUGCCACUCCUAAUGUUUUGGGCCUGUGCCACUCCUAAUGUUUUGGGCCUGUGCCACUCCUAAUGUUUUGGGCCUGUGCCACUCCUAAUGUUUUGGGCCUGUGCCACUCCUAAUGUUUUGGGCCUGUGCCACUCCUAAUGUUUUGGGCCUGUGCCACUCCUAAUGUUUUGGGCCUGUGCCACUCCUAAUGUUUUGAGGCUGUGCUUUGCCUCUUGAGUGUUUUGACGUCAGAGAAAGGUUUUACCGUGUUAUUGUCACUAGAACUCACUGCUGUCAGCGUGGGCUGAACUAGAUAGCUACAGUAACUAACCAACAACCACUGGAAUGUCACAGUCAGCUUUCAGCAGCAUUUCAGUCAAAAAC